AGAUGUAGUUGAAUGAAUGAUUUUUAGUUUUAAGUAGAUAAAAAAAAAAAAUCGUAUCCGCGUUUGUGUCUAUUUUUCAAAAAAAAAUCAUUCCCCCUAAUUUGUACCCCCAAAAUUAUAGGUUUGUUUGUAAAAUUGAGUGAUAAAAGAGUUGAGAAGUAGAAGUAGAAGUAGAAUGUCGGUGCAAAAGGAGCCAGAGCAAGUUAUGAAGCAAAGAGGAGGAUCAGUGCUUGGCAAAAAGACUAUUCUGAAGAGCGACCAUUUUCCUGGUUGCCAGAAUAAACGCUUGUCUCCUCACAUCGAUGGUGCUCCCAAUUACCGUCAGGCUGACUCAUUACGUGUUCACGGUGUCGCAAUCCCAACCAUUGAUGGAAUUCGAAAUGUUCUUAAGCAUAUUGGGGCUCAAAUGGAUAGCCUACGAGCUCAUGUUCUUUGGAUUAGCCUUCGUGAGGAGCCGGUGGUCUACAUCAAUGGGCGACCUUUUGUGUUGCGUGAUGUGGAGCAGCCCUUCUCCAACCUUGAAUAUACGGGAAUCAACAGGGAUAGGGUUGAACAAAUGGAAGCUCGAUUGAGAGAAGAUAUCUUGAUAGAAGCUGCAAGAUAUGGAAAUAAGAUCCUUGUCACUGAUGAACUGCCAGAUGGUCAGAUGGUGGACCAGUGGGAACCAGUGUCACGUGAUUCUGUAAAGACACCCCUAGAGGUGUAUGAGGAAUUGCAAGUAGAGGGGUACCUUGUUGACUAUGAACGUGUUCCUAUUACUGAUGAAAAAUCACCAAAGGAGACAGAUUUUGAUAUUUUGGUGCAUAAAAUUUCUCAAGCAAACUUAAAUACAGAGAUAAUUUUCAACUGUCAAAUGGGACGUGGACGAACUACAACUGGGAUGGUGAUUGCAACAUUGAUUUAUCUCAACCGUAUUGGAAAUUCUGGUAUUCCAAGAAUCAAUUCCAUUGGGAGAGUUUCUGACUCUGGUGCUAAUGUUGCUGACCAUUUGCCAAAUUCAGAAGAGGCAAUUCGUAGAGGAGAAUAUGCAGUCAUAAGAAGCUUGAUUCGGGUAUUAGAGGGUGGUGUUGAAGGAAAAAGACAAGUGGAUAAAGUCAUUGACAAGUGUGCCACCAUGCAGAACUUACGUGAAGCAAUUGCCACUUAUCGUAGUAGUAUUCUGCGUCAACCGGAUGAGAUGAAAAGGGAGGCAUCACUUUCAUUUUUUGUGGAGUACUUGGAAAGAUACUACUUUCUUAUAUGCUUUGCUGUAUUUAUUCAUUCUGAGGGAGCAGCUAUCCGCUCAUGUUCAUUUGGUCAUAGCAGCUUUGCUGAGUGGAUGAGAGCAAGGCCAGAAUUGUAUAGUAUUAUUCGCAGAUUGCUCAGGAGAGAUCCAAUGGGUGCACUUGGAUAUGCAACUUUAAAGCCAUCUCUGAUGAAGAUUGCCGAAUCUGCUGAUGGCCGCCCUUCUGAGAUGGGUGUAGUUGCUGCCCUUAGAAAGGGUGAGGUUCUUGGAAGUCAAACUGUUCUAAAAAGUGACCAUUGUCCUGGUUGUCAAAACACAAGUUUACCGGAGAGAGUGGAAGGUGCGCCUAAUUUUAGAGAAGUUCCUGGGUUUCCAGUUUAUGGGGUGGCAAAUCCAACCAUUGAUGGAAUUCUCUCUGUCAUUCAGAGGAUUGGCAGUUCUAAACGUGGUCGUCCUGUUUUUUGGCACAAUAUGAGAGAAGAACCUGUUAUUUACAUCAAUGGAAAACCAUUUGUUCUCCGUGAAGUUGAAAGACCAUACAAAAACAUGCUGGAGUACUCGGGUAUUGAUCGUGAGAGGGUUGAGAGAAUGGAAUCUCGAUUAAAAGAAGAUAUCCUGCGAGAAGCUGAACACUAUGGGAAUGCUAUAAUGGUUAUUCAUGAAACAGAUGAUGGGCAAAUAUUUGAUGCUUGGGAACACGUGAGUUCUGAUUCCAUUCAGACCCCACUUGAGGUUUUCAAAAGCUUAGAGGCUAAUGGUUUUCCCAUUAAGUAUGCACGUGUGCCAAUUACGGAUGGUAAAGCUCCCAAAAGUUCUGACUUUGACACAUUGGCAGUGAAUAUUGCUUCUGCUUUGAAGGAUACUGCUUUUGUUUUCAAUUGCCAGAUGGGUAGAGGAAGGACGACCACUGGUACUGUGAUUGCUUGCCUUCUGAAACUUAGAAUUGAUUAUGGAAGACCUAUAAAAAUCCUGGUUGAUGAUAAGACCCAUGAAGAGGUGAAUGGUGGUACCUCAAGUGGUGACGAAACUGGAGGUAGUGUUGCUGCCUCAACCACCGGUAUCACAAAAAUAAGAUCUGAAAAAGAGAAAGGUCGGGUUUUUGGUAUAAAUGACAUCCUGUUGUUGUGGACAAUAACAAGAUUAUUUGAUAAUGGGGUGGAAUGUCGGGAAGCCUUAGAUGCUAUUAUUGAUAGAUGUUCUGCUCUGCAAAACAUACGACAAGCAGUUCUGCAAUAUAGAAAGGUAUUCAAUCAACAACAUGUUGAGCCAAGGGUGAGGAGGGUUGCAUUGAACCGUGGUGCUGAGUACUUGGAGCGAUACUUCCGUUUAAUUGCCUUUGCAGCAUAUCUUGGAAGUGAAGCAUUUGAUGGGUUUUGUAGGCAAGGAGAAUCCAGGAUGACAUUUAAGAAUUGGUUGCAUCAGAGACCAGAGGUCCAAGCAAUGAAAUGGAGCAUAAGAUUAAGGCCUGGCCGAUUUUUUGCUGUUCCAGAGGAGUUGAGAGCACCACAUGAGUCCCAACAUGGUGAUGCAGUGAUGGAUGCCAUUGUCAACAACCGUAAUGGUUCUGUUUUGGGGAAAGGCUCUAUAUUGAAAAUGUACUUCUUUCCUGGUCAAAGAACUUCCAGCCAUAUACAAAUUGAUGCUGCACCACAUGUUUACAAGGUAGAUGGAUUCCCCGUGUAUAGCAUGGCAACUCCAACAAUUGAUGGUGCAAAAGAGAUGUUAGCAUAUUUAGGUGCCAAGCCUAAAGCAGAAAACUCUGUUGCUCAUAAAGUAAUAUUAACUGAUCUGAGAGAAGAAGCAGUUGUUUACAUUAAUGGCACGCCAUUUGCCCUAAGGGAGCUAAAUAAACCUGUUGAUACACUCAAGCAUGUGGGAAUCACAGGCCCAGUGGUGGAACACAUGGAGGAACGACUAAAAGAAGAUAUAUUAUCUGAGGUUAGACAUUCUGGUGGACGGAUGCUUUUACAUCGUGAAGAACAUGGCCCAACACUAAAUCAGUCCAGUGUUGUAGGAUACUGGGAAAACAUCUUAGCAGAUAAUGUGAAGACGCCUGCUGAAGUAUAUGCUGCUCUGAAAGAUGAGGGUUAUAAUAUUACAUAUAGGAGAAUACCAUUGACUAGAGAGAGAGAGGCUUUAGCUUCUGAUGUUGAUGCAAUCCAAUACUGUAAAGAUGAUGCUGCAGGGUGUUACCUUUUCGUAUCACACACAGGGUUUGGAGGAGUCUCAUAUGCUAUGGCAAUCAUUUGUGUUAAACUUGGUGCAGAGGCAACCUUUACAUCAAAUAUUCCAGAGCUAAUGGUUGAUACAAACAUGCACUCUAGAAGUGAAGCAAACUUGCCUUCAAGGGCGUCUGAAGAAGAAGCACGCAGGAUGGGUGAUUACCGCGAUAUACUAAGCCUCACAAGAGUACUCAUGUAUGGUCCCCAAAGCAAAUCAGAUGUUGACAUUGUGAUUGAAAGGUGUAAAGGCGCAGGGCAUUUGCGAGAUGAUAUUCUUGAUUACAGUAAGGAACUUGAGAAGUUGCCCAAUGAUGAUGAUGAGCACCGAGCGUACUUCAUGGAUAUGGCUAUAAAGGCUUUAAGGCGCUAUUUUUACCUAAUCACCUUCAAGUCCUACCUCUACUGCACUUCUCCAGCUGAGACGACAUUCGCUUCAUGGAUGGAUGCGAGGCCUGAACUUGGACAUCUAUGUAACAACCUCAGAAUAGAUAAAUGAUUUCAGGCGUAUAGCAAUGUGCAUAUAUUAAGCUUAUGUAAACUGUUCAUGUCUGGAAAGUAAUUUUAUUUCUAGCUAAAAUGAAGGGUACACAUGCAAAGACUA